AUGGAUAUAGCAACAGGUCCCGAGUCACUGGAGAGGUGCUUCCCUCGCGGGCAGACGGACUGCGCCAAGAUGUUGGACGGCAUCAAGAUGGAGGAGCACGCCCUACGCCCCGGGCCCGCCACCCUGGGGGUGCUGCUGGGCUCCGACUGCCCGCAUCCCGCCGUCUGCGAGGGUUGCCAGCGGCCCAUCUCCGACCGCUUCCUGAUGCGAGUCAACGAGUCGUCCUGGCACGAGGAGUGUUUGCAGUGCGCGGCAUGUCAGCAAGCCCUCACCACCAGCUGCUACUUCCGGGAUCGGAAACUGUACUGCAAACAAGACUACCAACAGCUCUUCGCGGCAAAGUGCAGCGGCUGCAUGGAGAAGAUCGCGCCUACCGAGUUCGUCAUGCGGGCGCUCGAGUGUGUGUACCACCUGGGAUGUUUCUGCUGCUGUGUGUGCGAGAGGCAGCUGCGCAAGGGGGAUGAGUUCGUGCUCAAGGAGGGCCAGCUGCUGUGCAAGGGUGACUACGAGAAGGAGAAAGACCUCCUCAGCUCCGUGAGCCCGGACGAGUCUGACUCUGUGAAGAGUGAGGACGAAGAUGGAGACUUGAAGCCGGCCAAGGGGCAGGGCAGCCAGAGUAAGGGCAGUGGAGAUGACGGGAAGGACCCGAGACGGCCCAAACGGCCCCGGACCAUCCUCACCACCCAGCAGCGACGAGCUUUUAAGGCCUCUUUUGAGGUCUCCUCCAAGCCCUGUCGGAAGGUCCGAGAGACGCUGGCAGCAGAGACAGGCCUCAGCGUGCGUGUGGUCCAGGUCUGGUUUCAGAACCAAAGAGCAAAGAUGAAGAAGCUGGCCCGGCGGCACCAGCAACAGCAGGAGCAGCAGAACUCCCAGCGGCUGGGCCAAGGUGAGCCUCAGGGACACGGGGAGCAGAGACAUUCACUGUCCUCAGAGGUUCUGUCAAGUCGCAUGGAGGGCAUGAUGGCCUCCUACACGCCGCUGGCCCCUCCGCAGCAGCAGAUCGUGGCUAUGGAGCAGAGCCCCUACGGAAGCAGCGAUCCCUUCCAGCAGGGCCUCACGCCGCCCCAAAUGCCAGGAAACGACUCCAUCUUCCACGAUAUCGAUAGUGAUACCUCCCUCACCAGCCUCAGCGACUGCUUCCUCGGCUCUUCCGACGUGGGCUCCCUGCAGGCCCGCGUGGGGAACCCCAUCGACCGGCUCUACUCCAUGCAGAGCUCCUACUUUGCCUCCUGA